UCCGAGUUGGCCACUUUCUUGCCUAUGGCGGAGUUUGAAAGGUUUGCUGUGUCGCGUUUUUCAUGAAACUCAGCGUGAGCAAAUCUUUACGGAAGAAAACGUUACUUAUACUGUUUUUGAAAGUCAUCGAAAGGACCAAAAAUUUCCCGCCAUCGCGAAGCGCAUGCUUUUGUCUGACCGUCCCCAACUUGUUCGAUUAGUUUUGGAACGUUUUGAUGAAAGUUCGUUAAUGACUGUUUUGGACACUUCUCUUCUUUCACAGCAAACACUCGCCAUGAUCCAUAACUAUUUUUCUUCCAAUUAUGUUCGCCUGGAGCUUCCCUCUGCAGAACCUGAAGGGGAUUUUUCCUUUGCUAUUGAUGAUUUUUAUUCGUGUCUGUACGUUAACGAAGAGACGCCCUUGUAUUCAUCACCGCGUGUUUUAUUAGCUGAGCUAGCGGAUACGCUAAACAAGGAAAAGGCCUAUGUGAGUAGUUGUACUGAAAAGGAUAUACAGGAUGACGCUGCGCCUGAUUGGGCUGCCCGAGUUGCUUAUUUGCUCCAAGUGAUACUCAAUGAAAAUUUUGAUUCCUCUUCUUACGUUACUCCGGCCAAUCACAAACUUGUCGAUGGCAUGAUUCUCGAAUUAUCUAACUGCGAUCGUUCCCAUCAGUUAAAGUUUUCUAACCUCAUUGGCGAGAUGCCUCAUAGUGCGCUGUUGCACUUGUUGCACUUUGUUUAUAAUCAUGGAAGUCCAAAAAGUGCUGAGCUCGUUUGUGGUUGGAUACUUUCGCUGGUUGUCAUGAACAGAAAAGACCUGCCGAACCUUAGCAACUUUCUCGUAACGUGCUUGUUUCAAGAAUCAUCGCCCACGCUAUCUACUGGUUGGCUUGUGGAUUGGUUGUCGGUGCUGGACCCUUCAUUAUAUUCCGUGGAUUUUUCUCAACUUCUUGGGAGUACCCGCUUCGACUUUUGCUUCCGCGCUUUCUCGGUUAUUUUGCACGAGAGAAACGAAUCAGAACUUCGUGAUUUUUUGUUAAUGAUGCUGUCGAGUAACCACGUGGUGGAAGAGUCGGAGCUUGAGCUUCCCUGCGGUGACUCGCAUGCGAUUUUUGUGCUUGACUUUAUUGGGGUGGUAGUUCGAUAUUUCCACCGUUUUGCGCCUUUAACUCACGCUUAAAAAGGAGACAUUACGAGUUUUAAAAAUUCUCUUCCACUCACUGCUGUUCAUGCCAAAUCCAUUGCAUGUUUAAUACUGAAGGAACUGAUAAAUGACUUUCAUUAUUCUGCAUGCAAAGACCGUUUUUCAAGACUUUCUGCUCGUCGACUCGAUUUACUCUCGUACACCUGUCGCUGCAGUUUUGUAAACUUACUGAGUGUAGUAAAGUAUGUUGAGUCCCUGCGAAUACGUGCAGAAAUUUUGUGCAGCAAUAGCACCAAUCACCAGCCGGCUCUUGUCUACUGUGAUUAUCUUCUUGCGGAACUGUAUAUCAUGUGUCCAAAAAUUUCCUCAGUAAUAAGUAAAAGUAUUGUGUCGGGUAAUGAUAUUUCCGCCG